AAGAGAGGAAUAAGAAAUCAAAGACUCUCGUUCAAUACUACGAAUUCUUAUCAUUUCCAAUAAUGGCUGGAGCCGUAAGUCUCUGGCGGAGAGAGGCCGUGUUCUUGACGGCCAUGCUUGCGUCCGAAACUGGUAUUGUCGGAAUGAAUACUCUGUUCAAAGCAGCGACUUCAAAGGGACUCAACUCUUACGCUUUCCUAGGCUAUUCUUAUCUUCUUGCUUCUCUUCUCCUUCUUCCUUCUCAUUUCUUCUCCAACAGGUCAAGAUCACUUCCUCCACUAAGUUUCUCAAUACUUUCUAAGAUAGGACUUCUUGGACUAUUAGGUUCAAUGUAUGUGAUCACAGGGUACAUAGGCGUUAAAUACAGCAACCCAACCUUAGCUUCCGCUAUUAGCAAUAUCACUCCUGCUCUUACCUUUAUCCUCGCCAUUAUCUUCAGAAUGGAGAAAGUAAAUUUGAAAGAAAGGAGCAGUGUAGCCAAAGUGAUGGGGACAAUAUUGUCAUUAGUAGGUGCACUUGUGGUGGUUCUCUACCACGGUCCACGUGUCUUUGUUGCAUCUUCUCCACCGUACCUAAACUUCCGUCCGCUUUCUCCGUCGUUAUCUUCUUCAAAUUCUGAUUGGAUAAUCGGUGGAUGUCUUCUUACCAUUAAAGACAUCUUCGUUUCUAUUUCUUUCAUACUUCAGGCACAUAUAAUGACUGAAUAUCCAGCAGCAUUUACAGUCUCCUUUUUCUAUUCCUUGUGUGUUUCAAUCUUGACCUCGUUGACUGGACUCGUAGUCGAGAAGAAUAAUCCAAGCAUUUGGAUCAUUAGAUUCGAUAUUACUUUGACAAGCAUCGUAACGAUGGGAAUAUUCACUCCAGUUUACUACGUGAUUCACUCAUGGACAGUGCGUUACAAAGGACCUCUUUACUUAGCGAUAUUUAAGCCACUGUCGAUUUUAAUAGCGGUUGUUAUGAGUGCUAUUUUUCUAGGCGAUUCUCUCUACCUCGGAUGUUUGAUAGGAGGAGUUUUGAUAACGUUAGGGUUUUACGCUGUGAUGUGGGGGAAAGCAAACGAAGACAAGACUCGGUUGAUGUCACUUUUAGAAAAAGAGAAAACUCCUCUUCUGUUGAACCACAACGACGACCAAAUUUAAUUAUUUGAAAAAAUAUUGUAACCAUCCUUUAGAAUGUACAUCCAUGUAGUAUAUUUUCUUUGGUCUGAACAUACUAUUAGUAUUUUGUAGGAAAAACAAACAUACUAGUAGUAUGUUACUUUGUAUAUAACUCGAAAACGGCUAUCUAACUGUUAAAACAUAAAA